CCCUUUUCCAUUUUUAAUAUCCUUUUAAACUACCACUAUACACAAUUAGGAUUCCAAAAAUUCUAAUACCUCAUCACUCUAUUUAGUCUAAACUACCGCAGUCUAUCGGUACUCUAUCCGUGGGCAACGCCGGGCAAAACACGGGUUUACUGCUACUCCAUAGACCAUAGUCCGUAUAAUAUUUACCGUAUUUACUUCUUUGUUUCUCUCUAGAGUAAUGCAUAGGCAAUCUCUGGGUUCGCCGGCAUCAAAGCACCUCAACGCUCAUGGAGUUAUCGUCGGCGGGCGAGACGACGGCUCUCCAGCCGCCCUGCCUGCAACAGAGUCAUCCCAUUCCAUCUGCGACGAAGGCGAAGGACGAAAGUCGCUGAAGCGCGUCAGCAAAGCCGAGAAGUACGUCCACCUCAUCCCGCUCCUCACCGUCUUCUGCUUCCUCGUCCUUUACCUCUCCUCUCACCGACCUACCGAGAAUGAUUUAGCUCAGUUUAAUGGAUUCAAGCCAUUCCUGAAGCCUAAAGGUGCUAUUGAAGCAGAAUCCGGAGGCAUUGCCGAUCUCCAUGGAGUUUUGGAGAUUGAGAAAGGAGACGUUCUGGCGAUUCGGAGCUUGAGAAACCUCCGCGAGAUUGACGGACGGAUGAGCUCGAAGCAUAGAUUUCACCGGAAAAUCGCCAAUUUCUAAGCCGGAGAAUCCGAUUCUCCACUCUAGAAAGUUCUCGGCGGGCCCAUCGGCGGAGCAACCGCGUGCUUCCCCGUUCCACCGACAUGUCAUGUAUUUUUACCACGCCCGUGAAUCUCUUUAUUACUCCGUAUUUAUAUUUUGUCGGCACAUUCUUUUGUAAAACAAUAAGUUAAUACGGAGUAUUUUGUUUAUGUAGCUUCCAAACUUCGCAUAAAUAUAUGGUCUAGAUUUUUAUUAUAAGAUGAAAAGUUAUUCGUAGUAUAGAUUUUCAUGGUUUAAUAAAUAUUUAUCAUAUGAAUUGUAGAGUAAUUUUUU